AUGGAAAUUCAAAUGAUGGCUAGCAGCAGCAAGUAUAACCUGAAGUGGAACUCCCACCAUGUGGAGACCUUCAACAGCUUUGAUACCCUUAGAAGCCUAGAAAUGCUUGUGGACAUAAUGCUUCUGUGUGAGGGCCAGUCCUUGAAAGCACACAAGUUGGUUCUGUGUUCAGGAUCAGGAUAUUUUGAGCGUUUGCUACAGCGUGACACAAACCACAAUCCAGCUAUUUACUUCUUUGGUGUGGAUGUCCAUCUGUUGAAGUACCUACUUGAUUUCAUGUAUAUGGGAGAAGUGGAUGUGCCUUCAGCAGACCUGGAAAGAUUCAUUGAACUUGCUGAAACCUUAGAAGUGAAGGGGCUAAAAGCAGAUCGCUCCAAGGGUGUGUAUAAUUCAGAAACAUCUGCAUCUGGGAUGACCAUCCCUGUCUCAAGUAUGCAGGAUGCAAUGCUUCACAAGCGCAAAUCUAUGUGGCCAACUUACGAGGAAGAGUCCCAAUAUCCUCUGAAGACUGCUCGAUGCAGCCUCCGUUCACCCACCAAUCCCAAUAAUACAUCUCAGAACUCUCAGGGAACUACCCCUUUACCAAGAAUGGUGCCUGAAAGUGCAGGUGUGAGCCAGUCCUCUACUAAAAGAAUGAAUGCUGGGAAUCAUUCUUUACCUGGUCCUAGUUCUAGUCAUGCCAAGGAAGAAUCUGGCAUGAAAGAGGAAAUUAUUGAUGUGGAAGAGAAUUCCAUUCAAGGUGAACUGAAUGAGCAUCAGGAGGAGCAGCAAGAGCAGGAUGAAGAGUCCCAAGUCUCUUACUACCAGGAGGAAGAGGGGGCUUCUUCGAACCAUCAGGAAUUACCUCAAAAUAUACCUCCUGAAAUUGAUCCAUCUACAGUGGAAGCUGAUGUGGAAUUUGCAUGGAGUGGGAAGACGUGGAGUAACAUACGUUUACAUUUCUGUGGGUUGUGUUCCUAUCGUUCAGGGAUCAAGACAAACCUGAUUCACCAUGUUCACACUCAUACAGGAGCAAAGCCAUACAAUUGUCGCCUAUGUGGGAAGAGCUUCUCUCGGAAGGAACAUUUAAGGCCAGACAGUUCUCCAGCAGAACCAUUGAGAAACAAGACAUGUAUCCCAGUUGAAGUCCAAGUGAAUGACAUUGAUGAUGGAGGUGUGUCAGGAGUUCUUGAAUUCGGUGCCAUAGUGUUUGUGAACCCUGAGGCAGUUGCUGGCAUGCCCCCUUCAAUUUGA